AAUUUCUGUUCACUUGUUCAGUUUGUCUUUUAACGCGUCGACGAUCAAAUCGUUGAGUAAUGCGGUAUACCAUGUUACUUGAACUACACAAUCGUUUGUGUUUUCAAUUCUGAAAUGAGUGUGGAUUUUUUUUUUGCGAUAUUAUGUGUACUAAUAGAUCAGUUGAUUUUUUUUUUGUUAAUGUGUAGCAUUGAGAUGAUGUAUAUGUAAAUAUAUAAGCGCGCGAUACAUUAUUUUUUUUUGAGUGUUACGAGAAUUGUGUAAUUUUUUGUUAUUAAAAUUCGUAUGCAAUUUUUGAAAUUAAAAUAAUAAAAACAAAAAAAUUGAAAUUAAAAUUCGUUCAGACACAAAUUGCAUUAAUAACAUUGCUGCUGAUAGAGACAACAGUUAAUGACACAAUAAAUUAUGAUAAUACAAAUGAAAUACAAGAAACGAUUUGCACAAAUAAUAUUCUAAUUCGCAUUAAUAAUAAUGACAUAAUUAGUUAUAAUGUUUAAAAAAAAUAAAAUAAUUUUGAAUUAAUUUAUAUAGAUUGUGUCAUGUGCCUGAGACUUUGGACGGUCAACAAAAUUUUUUAAUUUAUUCAAUUACAAAGGAGAAAAGAAUCUAAAUCAAUCCGGCGCAAAAAUGUGUUAACAAAAAAGAAAAUCUCAACAAAGGCCGGUCAUGAUUGUAAUGUUAAAAUCUCGUGGAAAACGAAUCAAUGAACAACAAGAAAUAAAUUAAAUUUAAAUGUGACUGUGUACAAUAAGUGUGUAGUGUGUCCAGUCCAUAUAACAACAUAAAAGUGUUUUGUAUUAAGUUGGAUCGAAUCAAAUCUUUAAAGAAUUCAUGACGUUUCAAUUCGAUAAACUUAGUUAGUUAGCUGAAACACAAAGUGCUAGAUCGAAAUUUCAAGUUUACUUAAUUUAGAGCAGAUGCUUAAAUGAACGUACAUCAUUUCCUUGGUCGUAUUAUAAGGUAGAAGACAAAUUAUGCUAAAUAAAAUGGAAGCCGGAACUAAACGUGUCGCUGGAUUCUUCAUCAUAUUAAUAUUUAGACUAUGGAGUGUGACAGCUCUCGAGAGUAUAAUGGGGAGAAGAGAGAGCUGCACAAAUGAAGGUGAAAUUGUUCCAGUUAAUACAAUUAACAUUAAGGAUAUGACCUGUUUCAAGUGUAUUUGUCAGAAUGGUUUCGUUGAAUGUGCCCCACCCGAAAAUUGUCCAUCCGUCGAUGACUGUUAUAUGUUGGAAAAGAAGGACGGUUGCUGUGAAAAAUGCAAAGAACAAUCUAUUCGUAGACUGUAUUUACGAGAAGGAGAUGUAUCCUAGUGGCGCAGAGUGGACCGUUUCUGGAGAUCCAUGCGCUAGCCUUAAAUGUUUAGCUGGUGUGGUAACCGAAACGAAUUUACAGUGCUAUACUCCAUGUAAUUCGCCAUUGCCACCACGACCAGGACAAUGUUGUCCGACGUGUUUAGGAUGUCAAUUAAACGGUCAAACAGUACACGAUGGACGUGAGGUGACGCUCAGUGAGGAUCCAUGUUUACGCUGCUCCUGUUCAAACAAGAGAUUAACCUGCGUGAAAAAAGCCUGUCCAAUUUUGCAAUGUCCUCUGUCCAAACAAAUAAAAGCGCCCGGUGAAUGUUGUCCCCGAUGCAAGGACAAACGAUAUAUCACCAAUUUUCCCGGAAAUUGUAUAUUGGGAAAUGGUUUUCAUUCCGAUGGUAAAAAGUUCAGUCCAGAUCAUUGCAGCAUUUGUACAUGUACCAAUGGAACGAGUAUUUGCCGUCGGAACACUUGUCCCGUGUUGGAAUGUGCUCCGGAAUAUCAGAAAACUAUACCGGGUGAAUGUUGUCCUACUUGUCCGGCUAUAGCCGAAGUACGAUCAACAUGCUCGCAUAAUGGAACGACGUAUCAAAACAAUGAAACGUGGAAUUUGGAUUUGUGCAGAUCGUGUCGCUGUCAUUCGGGAGAGAUUCGUUGCGCUCAGACGAAAUGUCCUAAGCCAAAAUGUCGGGCAAAUGAAGUUCUUGUAACGCCAACCGAUCAGUGUUGUUCCAGAUGUGAAGAAACCGCUGGAAUAUGCUCACUAUUCGGCUCGCACUACAAAACGUUCGACGGAAAAUUCUUCAAUUUCCAUGGAUCCUGUAAAUACCAACUAACGGCCGAUUGCUACAAUCAUACGUUUUCGAUUCGCAUCACAAACGAUGGUCGCAAGACGAAAACAUCAUCGUGGGCAAAAACGGUCACGCUGAAAUUCGGGGGCAUCAAAGUGAAUUUGGGUCAAAAUUUGCGCGUCAAAGUGAAUGGAACGAAAAUCGAUUUUCCGUUCAAAAUGCCAUCGUUAUUGGACGUCGACAAGACCAGCGAUGGUGUUACGGUUGUGACUAGCAUCGGUGUUCAGUUGUAUUGGGAUCGAAAUAAUUUGUUGCAAGUACAAGUGCCUGCCGUGUAUAAGAACGGUUUGUGUGGACUGUGUGGAAAUUAUAACAAUGUGUGGCGUGACGAUUUGAUUUCGCGGCGCGGUAUCAAUUACACGGAUGAUGAGGUGUGGCGGUUCGCCAACUCGUGGAAAGUGGGUGGAAAUAAGGCUUGCACCAGAAAAAACGAUAAUUUAGCUAAGUAUCCGGUAUGUAGGCACAAAAAGAGUUGGCUGAUGUGUAAGUCAUUGAAGGACAUGGAAUUGUUUGAGAUGUGCGGCAAUCGGCUGAAUCCACAGAACUAUUUCGAGUCGUGUAAGCAGGACAUGUGCGAAUGUCCGAACAAUGGCAAGUGUUACUGUGAUAGUUUCUCGGCGUAUGCACAUGAAUGUGCACGGCUGGGUGUUAAAUUGCCAAAUAGUUGGAGAAAGGACACGGGCUGUGAUAUUGCCGAAUCGACGGCAAUAUCGACGGCAGUUAUUGUGGCGAAAAAUCAGCAGGGUCUGAAGCGACAUCGGAAGCGCAUAAAACGACCGAACAAAUUUUUCAGCAAACAUGUUCCGAAAACAUUUCUCGUACAGAAGCAUCAUGGUCGAACGCCACCGCCAAUUCAUUAGCACAGAAGAUUCUAUUUUUUUUAAAUGAUUUAUUUGUUAGGUUUUUGUACAUAUGAUUAACUGUGUUUGCAUUAUAUUUAUUUACAAAAUUUAUAAUUUAGUUUUCGAGACAUUUUUCUGAUUGGGGAAAAUGCGAAGCAUUAGAAUCAUUAUUUGCGAGCCAAAUGAAAUCUCUAAUUUAAAACAAACAAAAAAAAAAUAAUUUAAAAAAAUAAAUGAAACAAAAAACGUAACUGCAGAUGCGCAUCCUUUACCAUUCUAAUUUAGGAUUUAUUGUGCGAUUCGCAUUAAGAGUAUCU